GUAAGUAACAUUAAAAAAUUGCAACUUUCUCUGCUCAUGUCCUGCGAUUCAGGUUCUUCUUCAGUUCUCUCCCUCGUUGCACCGCGAUGGAGUCCAAUUCUUCAUCAUCUUCUUCGGCUCCAUUGCAUAAAUCUAGGGUUAGGGUUCUUACAAUUUUGCCAACGAGGUCACUCCUCUUAUUCUUCUUCCUUUUCUUCUGCAUCAAUUUCACCACCACAACCUCAAACUCCAUAACCCAAAGCUCAGAUUCUGAAACCUUAUACUCCAAACACUGCAACGACGUCGUGCCGAAGUCGGACACAGACCCCACCAGGUGGUUUGUCACCAACCUCUCCAUCCAAGACAUUGGCUUCAGGAACGGUUACUUCACCGGCGGCGAUCAGCUUUUCAAGCAAAACCUGAAAACUACCGAGGUCGAUGACCUGAAAGCUCUCUCCUUUGUGCCCUCUGACGUGGGUAAAACCCUCACCGAAGGCGUUUUCAAAGUCAGGGCAACCUUGCAUCUUCGAGACUACUCCAUCUUCCACAAUUCUACGCGUCGGAAUUUGCGGUUGGUUUAUUUCAAAGGUCCGAGAAGCCAUUUUCGGAAGGGCUUACUGAACUUUAGGCUUGAUGGGUACUACUCAGAAUCUUCUAAGAAGCUUUGUAUGGUUGGAAAUGGCGGGUCAGGUAAUUUGAGGCCUCUUAGUGUUGUUCUUAAGCUUAAUUAUCCGCAAAGUUCAAGUAUUUAUGACAGUUUAAUUACUGGGACUUUAGAGAGUUUGAGUGAUAAGCAUGAUGGGGAUUAUUUUGAACCCCUUUUGAUGUUGGGUUUAUAUCAGAGUUCUAGUUAUGAAUAUAAAUUAGCUGGGAAAGAUAGUGAGAAUGGUUGUUUGCGUGGUGACGAUAGAGGAGAGAAUUUAGGUGUGGGCAAAUCGAAGCGUGGUUUGUGUAUGUUGCUUGGUAAACUACAUGAAAGCUUUGAAUUGGAAUAUGGAAGUGAUUGUGGCAGUGUGAAUUGCAAUCCUCUUGGUGGGAAUGCUGGAUAUGUAUCUUCUUUUGUUUAUUAUGGAACUCGGUGUGCAAAUGAGAGGAAAAUGCAGAUGUUGUUGGGUUUUCCCAACUCUAGCUAUUAUGGCAUCAAAUUUCCGUUUGACCCUCACACAACCUUCAUUACUGAAGGGGCAUGGGAUGAGAAGGAGAAUCGUCUGUGUGCUGUUGCAUGCCGGAUUUUGAAUUUUACAGAAUCUUUGACUCAUGCUUUUGUUGGAGAUUGCUCAACUAAAUUCAGCUUGAGAUUGCCAACAAAGUUGUCUUUAUGGAAUAGGUCUACUGUUGCAGGGGAAAUGUGGAGCAUCAAAGAAGUGAAUGACUCAGGUUACUUUGCUAAAAUUGGGUUUCACACUUUGUCGGGAUGGUUGAUGAAACUCUUAGAUUUCAAAUAUGAGUAUUCUGAGAAUGAUGAUAUGAGAAAAACAUGUGCAGAAAAGAAGGCUGGGAGAGGCAAAGGAAAGAUAUACCCUGAUGAGUUUUCAGUGGACAUGAAAUUCGGCAUGACAAUGAGAAACAGUAAAGGACAACAAGCAUCUGGUUAUUCAUCCCCUUUAUUUGUGGAUGAUGAGCGGGUUUAUGGACGCCGGUUUUGGGAUAAAUUGCCGCAAACAAAAUCAUCAAUUGAUUUUGGUUUUCGUCAUGAUGUUUUCCCAUCUAAAGCAGAACUAUCUGCUGAAGGAAUAUAUGAUAGGGAUUAUGGUAAUCUGUGCAUGAUAGGAUGUAGGCACGUACCAGUGAAAAAUCAAACAUUGAUUAAACAGGAUAUGUUAGACUGUGCUAUUAAAAUCAUUGUACAGUUUUCUCCAUUGGAUACAAAGGAUGGCCAGAAUGUCAAGGGAACUAUUGAAAGCACAAGGCGGAAGUUAGACCCUCUUUAUUUUGAACCUAUUGAGUUUUCUUCAAAUUCUAUUUACACUAGCCAAGCUGCAGCAUCCAUUUCAAGAAUCGACUUUGAGAUCAGUAUGGUUCUGAUUUCCAACACCCUUGCAUGCGUCUUUGUGGGCUUGCAGCUAUUAUUCGUGAAGAAGCACCCAGAUGUUCUCCCAUUUGUUUCGAUUGUUAUGCUUAUUGUUCUUAGUCUGGGAUACAUGAUUCCACUUCUGGUCAACUUUGAAGCAUUGUUUGUGCCAAAUAAACACCACAGCCAGCAGGAUACUUUUCUUGGGACUGGUGGAUGGCUUCAAGUGAAUGAAGUAAUAGUCAGGGUGUUAAUGAUGGUAGCUCUCCUUUUACAGCUACGUCUUCUCCAACUGACGUGGUCCUCAAGACAAGGUCAUGGAAACCAGAAGAGCUUGAGAGAUUCUGAGAGGAAGGUUCUUUAUGCAACUUUACCAUUGUACAUAGCUGGUGCACUGAUUGUUUGGUUUGUGAACCUACGCAAAAACGCUUACCAGAGAUCACACAGGCCAUUUCAAAGACCACACCGCAUGGCCUACCGAGUGUCUACCCUCCACCAUCUUGCUUACCAGCAGCACUCUCUCCGGGAGGAUCUCAGCUCUUAUGCCGGCCUCGUACUGGAUGGUUUUCUGCUCCCACAGAUAUUGUUCAACUUAUUCUUCAAUUCAGGAGAAAAGGCUCUGGCCUGUGCAUUUUACCUUGGAACCACCGUACUUCAUGUGCUGCCUCAUGCAUAUGAUCUUUACAGAGCUCAGACUGGUACAUGGUUCCUUGACUUAUCAUAUAUUUAUGCAAACCAAAAAAUGGAUUUUUACUCCACUGCCUGGAAUAUCAUCAUCCCCUGUGGUGGUCUGCUGUUUGCUGCCAUUAUUUUCUUGCAGCAGAGAUUUGGUGGUCGUUUUGUUCUUCCCAAAAGAUUUAGACAGACUUCUGUAUAUGAGAAAGUCCCUGUCAUCAGCAAUGAGGAAUUAUAAGGGACAUAGAUUUUACCGAGAACCAAUUUUUUUGAUAAUUGAAAUCUAGUGUGCAAAAUA